AAACAUCUUGAAAAGUGCCCCCGCUUCCGAGAUCUUACUGGUACCCGUACCAGAGUAUCCUUUCCCUUAUAAGGAGGCAGAGGAGGGUUAUCUUCAUGUUAAGAUCGAACUUUUACCUCUAUCCCCUCUAUCAGUUUACUCCUCUGCUCUUGCUCUAUUUCUUUUCAAUAUCAUCCUCUUCAAUAUCACUAAUAGGAUUAAAAUCAAACUGGCUACAUAUCAGGGGAGUAUUCGUACUGUCGAUCAACCUACGAGUAGGUGGCAACCACCACCUCCGUUGAACCUGUUACAAACGGUGUGGUUGUGAGGGUUUUCUGGGCCUUCGCCCUCAAACCGUCGCUUCCC